AUGAAUUCUUCUGAAAAUGAAGAAACCAAUGGGGCUCAACAGGAGCAUAAUGCUAAUGGGGCUCAACAUGAAACCAAUGGUUCUGAGUCUGAUAAGAAUGGUGCUUCUGUGGAAGCUUUACCACCUCCUCCACCAGUACCCCCAAAUGUUACUCCAAUUAAAGCUGAAACAGAGCCAGUGAAGAAGAGGCUUCGUGUUCCCAUGGCAAGGCGUGGGUUGGGAAGCAAAGGGCAGAGGAUUCAACUGCUUACUAAUCAUUUUAAAGUUUCUGUGAAGAACACUGAGGGCCAGUUCUUUCACUAUAGUGUUGCUUUAUUCUAUGAAGAUGGUCGUCCAGUGGAUGCUAAGGGGAUAGGUAGGAGGAUUCUUGAUAGGGUUCAUGAAACCUACAAAUCGGAAUUGGAUGAUAAAGAGUUUGCAUAUGAUGGAGAGAAGAGCUUGUUCACCCUUGGUCCGUUGCCAAGAAACAAACUUGAGUUUACAGUUGUGCUUGAAGACUUUGCUUCUAGCAGGAAUACUAGAAAUGCUAGUCCUGAUGGCCAUGGGAGUCCGAAUGAUAGUGACCGGAAAAGAAUGAGACGGCCCUAUCAGUCUAAAACAUUCAAAGUUGAGAUUAGCUAUGCUGCCAAAAUUCCCAUGCAGGCAAUUGGGAAUGCAUUGCGUGGCCAAGAAUCAGAAAACUCUCAAGAAGCUCUUAGAGUGUUGGAUAUAAUUUUGCGGCAGCAUGCUGCAAAACUGGGCUGCCUGCUGGUUAGGCAAUCUUAUUUUCACAAUGAGCCUAGGAAUUUUGUUGAAGUGGGAGGAGGUGUUCUCGGCUGCCGUGGCUUUCAUUCGAGCUUUCGAACUUCUCAGGGAGGCUUGUCCCUUAAUAUUGAUGUGUCUACUACCAUGAUAAUCAAGCCUGGUCCUGUUGUGGAUUUUUUGAUUGAUAGCCAGGGGGCAAGAGAUCCCUUCUCCCUUGACUGGGUUAAGGCGAAGCGAGUGUUGAAGAACUUGAGGGUGAAAGCCAGUCCCUCAAAUCAAGAAUAUAAGAUAACUGGACUCAGUGAAAGAAUCUGCAAGGAACAAAUGUUCCCCCUGAAGCAGAAGAGUGAUGAUGGUGAGGUUCAGACAACAGAAAUUAGCGUCUAUGACUACUUUGUAAAUCAUCGAAGGAUAGAACUGCGCUACUCUGCUGAACUUCCUUGUAUUAAUGUUGGAAAACCCAAGAGGCCAACCUAUAUACCUCUUGAACUCUGCGAUCUGGUUUCCUUGCAGAGGUACACUAAGGCUCUAACCAACUUUCAACGAGCCUCCUUAGUUGAAAAGUCCAGGCAAAGGCCUCAAGAGAGGAUGAGCACUUUAAGUAGUGCACUGAAAAUCAAUAAUUAUGAUAACGAGCCUCUUCUGAGAGCCUGUGGAAUUUCAAUCAGCAACACGUUUACUGAGGUUGAUGGCCGCGUUCUUCCACCUCCGAGGAUGAAAUGUGGAAACGGUGAUGAUGUUGUUAAUCGAAAUGGAAGAUGGAAUUUCAACUAUAAGAAACUAGUUCAACCCGCUAAGGUUGAGAAGUGGGCCGUUGUAAACUUUUCCAUCCAGCGCUGUGAUGUGAAUGCACUAAUCAGCAAUUUCAUCAAGUGUGGCGCUAACAAAGGAAUUUCUGUAGAGGAUCCCUUUGACGUUUUUGAGGAGAGUCCUCAGAACAGACGUGCUCCACCUCUUGUUAGAGUCGAAAAGAUGUUUGAAUUGGUACAGUCGAGGCUUCCUGGAGCACCUAAGUUCCUCCUUUGCCUGCUACCUGAGAGGAAAAACUGUGAUAUAUAUGGACCCUGGAAGAAAAAGUGCCUUGCAGACUAUGAUAUUGUUACCCAAUGCCUUGCUCCUGGCAAAGUUAAUGACCAAUAUCUGACCAAUGUUCUGCUUAAAGUCAAUGCCAAGCUUGGUGGGUUGAACUCUCUGCUCGCUGUUGAAAAUCCUGCUACGCUUCCCAUUGUAUCCAAGGUGACCACCAUGAUUCUUGGGAUGGACGUUUCACAUGGGUCUCCUGGGCAGUCUGAUAUUCCAUCAAUUGCUGCGGUUGUCAGUUCUAGGCAGUGGCCGUUGAUUUCAAAAUACAGAGCAUCAGUCCGUACUCAAUCGCCUAAGCUUGAAAUGAUUGAUUCACUUUUUAAACGUGUAUCUGACACUGAAGAUGAUGGUACAAUUAGGGAGGCACUGAUUGAUUUUUAUGUUAGCUCUGGGAAAAGGAAGCCGGAACUGAUUGUCAUUUUCAGAGAUGGUGUCAGUGAAUCACAAUUUAAUCAAGUCUUGAACAUUGAACUUGACCAGAUCAUUGAGGCCUGCAAGUUUCUUGAUGACAAAUGGAAUCCCAAGUUUGUGGUCAUUGUGGCCCAAAAAAAUCAUCAUACAAAGUUUUUCCAGCCAAAUGCUCCCGACAAUGUUCCCCCAGGUACUAUAAUUGAUAACAAAGUCUGUCACCCGAGAAACUACGACUUCUACUUAUGUGCGCAUAAUGGGGCAAUUGGAACCUCGAGGCCCACUCACUACCAUGUGUUGUAUGAUGAGGCGGGCUUCUCACCUGAUGACUUGCAGGAGCUGGUUCAUUCAUUAUCAUAUGUUUAUCAGAGAAGCACAACUGCAAUUUCUGUGGUGGCCCCAGUUUGCUAUGCCCACCUGGCUGCAACCCAGCUUGGUCAAUGGAUGAAGUUUGAGGAUACAUCCGACACUUCCUCUAGUCAUGGUGGUGGGGUGUCGCAUGCUGGAUCAGUCCCUGUGCCGCAGUUGCCUCGCCUGAAGGAGAAUGUCAGCAGUUCUAUGUUUUUCUGCUGA